AUGACCAAACACACCCCCGACUCCCUCCGCACCCGCGUGUCCUCACUCUCUCUCCGCCUGCAGGCAAUGGAAGCCGCCGAAGCCCUCUCCCGCUCGCAAUCGCCCGCGCCCUCGAUGGCUGCCUCGACAACCAUCCCCGUCACGGCGUCCAAGCCCUUCCUCCUCGCCGACAUGGAAGGCCGCCCCGCCGCCUCCAACCCCGUCUGCGAGUCCUGCUGGAACGCCCUCCGCUACAGCGAGGUGAAGCAGACCUCCCGCGCCGCCUCCCCGGCCGCAUGCAAGCUCUGCGCCGUCGCCGCGGGCAAGCCCGAAGCCUACACCCAGCCCUUCGUCGACUUCCUCACCGAGAACCCCACAAUCUUCCACGCCGUCUCCUACUUCAAGACCAAGCUCGCCGCCGCCGGCUUCACCGAGCUGCCCGCCCGCGACAGCUGGAAGCUCCAGCCCGGCGGCAAGUACUGGACCACCAAGAACGGCUCCGGCCUCAUCGCCUUCACCGUCGGCGAGGCCUACAAGCCCGGCAACGGCGUCGCCAUGAUCGCCGGCCACAUCGACGCUCUCACCGCCAAGCUCAAGCCCGUCUCGACCAAGCCCACCCGCGCCGGCUACCUCCAGCUCGGCGUCGCCCCCUACGCCGGCGCCCUCAACCAGACCUGGUGGGACCGCGACCUCUCCAUCGGCGGCCGCGUCAUCGUCCGCGACGAGUCCAACAAGACCACCACCAAGCUCGUCCGCCUCGACUGGCCCAUCGCCCGCAUCCCCACCCUCGCGCCGCACUUUGGCGUCGGCAUGAUGGGCCAGAACAACCCCGAGACCCAGGCUGUGCCCAUCAUCGGCCUCGAGAGCUCCUCCGACGCCGCUCCCAUCGAGCCCCUCGGCCCCAAGGGCUCCUUCGUCAACACCCAGCCCCCGAAGCUCGUCAAGCUCAUCUCCUCGGAGCUCGGCCUCGCCUCCCCGACCCAGAUCGUCAACUGGGAGCUCGAGCUCUACGACUCCCAGCCCGCCCAGACCGGCGGCCUCGACCGCGAGUUCAUCUUCGGCGGCCGCAUCGACGACAAGCUCUGCUCCUGGGCCGCCUUCACCGGCCUCCUCGCCGCCGAAUCCUCCCCCUCCGACGGCGUCAUCAAGCUCGUCGCCCUCUUCGACGACGAGGAGAUCGGCUCCCUCCUCCGCCAGGGCGCCCGCUCCAACUUCCUCCCCCUCACAAUCGAGCGCGCCGUCGAGGCCCUCUCCGCCGCCGCCGACGUCCCCUUCGGCUCCAACACUCUCGGCCAGACCUACGCCUCCUCCUUCCUCGUCUCCGCCGACGUCACCCACGCCGGCAACCCCAACUUCCUCGGCUACUACCUCGACGACCACGUCCCCCGCCUCAACGUCGGCAUCGCCAUCUGCGGCGACAGCAACGGCCACAUGACCACCGACGCCGUCUCCACCGCCAUCCUCCAGCGCGUCGGCGAGCUCGCCGACGCGCCCACCCAGACCUUCCAGAUCCGCAACGACACCCGCAGCGGCGGCACCGUCGGCCCCGCGCUCAGCAGCGCCAUGGGCGUCAAGGCGGCCGACGCCGGCCUGCCGCAGCUGAGCAUGCACUCCAUCCGCGCGACGACCGGUGCGCUGGACCCUGGUCUGGGUGUCAAGUUCUUCAAGGGCUUUUUGGACCACUGGGAGAAGAUUGACGGCGAGUGGCACUGA